GGGGCCAGGGACGGAAGGUGGACGCGGGACGGUGGAGACUUCUGCCGCGUCCUGGCAGCCCGCGGGGCUCCCGUUCUCUUAACAAAACCGAGGAGAGGGCUUCGGAAGCUGCAGCAUGGACCAGCGAGAGACACCUCCCCCCACUCCUGAAGAAAAUGAAGUAAAAUAUGAUAGUAAUAAUAAUGAAGAGGAGGAGGGAGAACAAUUUGACUUUGACAGUGGAGAUGAAAUUCCUGAAGCCGAUAGACAAGCCCCCUCUGGCCCCGAGGCGAGAAACACUGAAGCCAGUGAAGCCGCCUUCCCUGCAGGAGGUGAGAAUGGAACAGCAACAGAAACCAUGGCAGGGGUGGAGCCUGUUAAACUCGUGGUCCCAACGAAAGUGAACCCGUAUUCCGUCAUUGACAUCACGCCGUUCCAGGAAGAGCAGCCCCCAACCCCAGCCCCGGAUGCCGAGGAGGAGGCCGUGAACCUCACACACGUGCCCAGUGGGUACUCGGUGCCGGUGCCCUGUGGCUACGCCGUCCCCUCCAGCUUGCCCCUCCUGCUGCCCGCCUACUCCAGCCCAGUCAUCCUCCGCGCCGCGUCCCUAGAGGAAGAAGCUGAAACACCAGAAGUUGCAGAAGAUCACCAGUUUAAUUCUUUAAGUUCUGAGGACCCUCCAAAUAGUGAAGAUCAAGUCAAUAAAGAGGACAGUGCCCUUGCCCGAUGGGUUGCGGAUCCUGCCAAUACAGCCUGGAUGGAGAAUCCGGAAGAAGUGAUUUAUGACGAUGUUCCCAGAGAAAAUUCAGACUCUGAACCAGAUGAAAUGAUUUAUGACGACGUUGAGAAUGGAGAUGAAGGUGGAAACAGCUCUUUGGAAUAUGGAUGGAGUUCAAGUGAAUUUGAAAGUUAUGAAGAGCAGAGUGACUCAGAGUGCAAGAAUGGAAUGCCCAGGUCCUUCCUGCGCAGCAACCACAAAAAGCAACUUUCUCAUGACCUAGCCCGUUUAAAGGAGCACUAUGAGAGAAAGAUGAAAGAUUUGGUGGCAAGCACAGUGGGAGCGGUAGAGAUUCAGCAGCUAAAGCAGAAACAUGAGCUGAAGAUGCAGAAGCUCAUGAAGGCAGCAAAGGAGGGUACCAAAGAUGGGUUGGAGAGGACACGAGCCGCUGUGAAGAGAGGCCGCUCGUUCAUCAGGACCAAGUCUUUCCUUUCUCAAGAUCACAGAUCUUGUCUUGAAGAAGAGCAGAAUUUAUUCAUUGAUGUUGACUGUAGGCACCCAGAGGCCGUCUUGACCCCAAUGCCUGAAGGUUUAUCUCAGCAGCAGGUUGUAAGAAGAUAUAUUCUGGGUUCAGUUGUUGACAGUGAAAAGAACUACGUGGAUGCACUUAAGAGGAUUUUGGAGCAAUAUGAGAAACCACUGUCUGAGAUGGAGCCAAAGAUUCUGAGUGAGAGGAAACUGAAGAUGGUAUUCUACCGUGUCAAAGAAAUCCUGCAGUGCCACUCCAUGUUUCAGAUAGCUCUGGCCAGCCGCGUAUCUGAGUGGGACUCAGUGGAAAUGAUUGGCGAUGUCUUCGUGGCUUCGUUUUCUAAGUCCAUGGUACUAGAUGCUUACAGUGAAUAUGUAAAUAAUUUUAGCACAGCUGUGGCAGUCCUCAAGAAAACAUGUGCUACAAAGCCUGCUUUUCUUGAAUUUUUAAAGCAGUGCCAGGAGUCCAGUCCGGAUCGAAUCACGCUCUACAGUUUGAUGAUGAAACCCAUCCAGAGGUUUCCGCAGUUCAUUCUUCUGCUCCAGGAUAUGUUGAAGAAUACAUCCAAAGGACAUCCUGACAGGCUGCCUCUUCAGAUGGCGCUGACGGAGCUUGAAACGUUAGCAGAGAAGUUAAAUGAAAGAAAAAGAGACGCUGAUCAACGCUGUGAAAUUAAACAAAUAGCCAAAGCCAUCAACGAGAGAUACCUGAACAAGCUUCUCAGCAGUGGAAAUCGAUACCUCAUUCGAUCUGAUGAUAUGAUAGAAACGGUUUACAAUGACAGAGGAGAAAUUAUUAAAACCAAAGAGCGCCGAAUCUUCAUGUUAAAUGAUGUGUUAAUGUGUGCCACGGUUAGCUCACGCACCUCACAUGAAAGCAGUGCUAUAGCCAGCCAGAGGUACUUACUGAAGUGGAGUGUUCCUCUUGGACAUGUAGAGGUCAUAGAAUACGGCAAUAAUCCAGGUGCAGGAGAACACAGCAGGUACCCCGCUGUGCACGUGCCUGAAAGCCUGGCGGUGGUUGCUAAUGUGAAGCCAAACAAAGUUUACGUGGGGCCAGGACAACUGUAUCAAGAUUUACAAAACCUGCUGCAUGACUUAAAUGUAAUUGGUCAAAUCACUCAACUGAUAGGAAACCUUAAAGGAAACUAUCAGAACUUAAACCAAUCAGUAGCCCAUGAUUGGACAUCAGGUUUACAAAGACUAAUUUUGAAGAAAGAAGAUGAAAUCAGAGCCGCUGACUGCUGCAGAAUUCAGUUACAACUCCCGGGGAAGCAGGACAAGUCUGGGCGACCUACUUUCUUUACAGCUGUGUUCAAUACAUUUACCCCUGCCAUCAAAGAGUCCUGGAUCAACAACUUGCAGAUGGCCAAGCUUGCCCUUGAAGAGGAGAACCAUAUGGGCUGGUUCUGUGUGGAAGAUGAUGGGAAUCAAAUUAAAAAGGAGAAACAUCCUCUUCUCGUUGGACACAUGCCUGUGUUGGUGACCAAGCAGCAGGAGUUCAAGAUUGAAUGUGCUGCUUAUAAUCCUGAACCUUACCUAAGUAAUGAAAGUCAACCAGACUCAUUUUCCACUGUGCAUGGUUUCCUGUGGAUUGGAAGUUGUACCAAUCAAAUGGGUCAAAUUGCCAUUGUCUCAUUUCAAAAUUCCAACCCCAAAGUCAUCGAGUGCUUCAAUGUGGAAUCUCGCAUCCUGUGUAUGGCGUACAUUCCUGUCGAGGAGAAGCACCAAGAACCCAGCACAGCCUCAGACCCCGAAACCACAGCCGUGAGAGCUUCCGAUGUCCCCACGAUCUGUUUAGGAACAGAGGAGGGAAGCGUUUCCAUUUAUAAAAGCAGUCAAGGCUCCAAGAAAGUGAGACUUCAGCAUUUUUUCACUCCCGAGAAGUCCACGGUCAUGAGCUUGGCCUGCACGUCUCAGAGUCUGUAUGCCGGCCUUGUCAACGGGACAGUGGUCAGCUACACCAGAGCCGAAGAUGGAUCCUGGAAUACCGAACCUCAAAAAGUGAUAAAAUUAGGCAUUCUACCAGUUAGAAGUCUGCUAAUGAUGGAAGAUACAUUGUGGGCGGCUUCUGGAGGUCAAGUUUUUAUAAUCAAUGUGGAGACUUAUGCUGUAGAGAAGCAGCUGGAGGCCCACCAAGAGGAAGGGAUGGUCAUCUCUCACAUGGCUGUGGCUGGCGUGGGCAUUUGGGUCGCCUUCACCUCUGGGUCCACGCUCCGCCUCUUUCACACAGAGACACUAAAGCACCUGCAAGACAUCAACAUCGCCGCCCCUGUCCACAGCAUGCUGCCAGGGCACCAGCGGCUGUCUGUGACAAGCCUGCUUGUCUGUCACGGCUUGCUGAUGGUAGGCACCAGCCUGGGACUCGUUGUGGCCCUACCAGUCCCUCGUCUACAGGGGAUUCCCAAAGUGACUGGAAGAGGGAUGGUCUCCUACCAUGCACAUAAUGGUCCUGUCAAAUUCAUUGUCAUGGCCACCGCUUUCCACAAAAAAGACCAGGACAAAUCCCGGGACAGUCUGCCUCCCGGCCCCGAGCCCCAGGAUGAAGACCCGAAGGAUGAGCUCCCACACGAGGGACCCAGCUCUUGCCUGAGCCAGAGCGACCCUGAUGCAGCCAUUUGGUUGGGAGAUUCUGUGGGAUCCAUGACUCAAAGAAGUGAUCAGUCUUCCUCAUCAGGGUCCCUGAGCUUAUCCCACGGCUCCAGCUCUCUAGAGCACAAAUCGGAGGACAGUGUCAUCUAUGACCUCCUGAAGGAUCCCUCCAUCUCACUGAGAGGCAAGGCACGGCGGCACAAGAGAGCCAAGGCCAGCUCGGCACUGGUGGUCUGUGGAGGCCAGGGCCACCGGCGGGUGCACAGGAAGGCCAGACAGCCGCACCAGGAGGAGCUGGUGUCCUCCGUCAUGGUCUGGCAGAUCCCCCUGCUGAAUAUAUAGGGGAGGGCUCGCCUCCUGGGGUGGGAUCCGCAGUCAAGGAUGACUUCUCAGCUCAAUCACACGGCCUCAGCAACUGAGGCUGUGUCUACACUGGUUGGGGAAACAUUGAAAACAGUGUUUGGGGAAAAAAAUGUGCAAUAUCAUAAUGACGGCUUUCCUGCCGAUUCGUUCCUUCUCUUCCACACAGCAGAACUGAAUACAGAAGAUUGAUGCAAUUUCUGAGUAAUUGAAUGAGGUUCUUGGAGAAUACCACGUUCUUUUUGACUGUUGUAGUCCAUAUGUAAAUUCUGAAUGUUAACCUUCAUCAGCUUCAGACCUAUUCUUGUAUCAAAUUACUUUGAGAACUUAUAGGACUAAGAACUUACGGGAAAGUACAGUGUAUUCAAUAGUCUAGGAAUUUAUUAACAAUUCUUAAAAUAAUUUUACUUCAUUCAGAUUUACUACUUGUAUUUAUGUUCUAUAUUUUUAAAUUCCGGAAUAGAGUUUGUAACAAUUUAAAAAGUCAGGUAACAAAUAGUGGUCUAGAUAGUGUGAUUUGCUUUCAGAAGUGAGCUGGGUUUUCCAAAGUGGUAUAAUGCCUGUACUGUAUAUUUUAACAAAGUAUUUUUAUAUUGCAUUUUGCUAUUAAACAAUUAACAGUUAAUGUUUUUGUCUAUAUACUAUAUGUAGUAUUUUACAAAUGUGUGCUUUGAACCAAAAUGCUCAGUACUUCUCAACACAUGGACUCAAGCAUCAACACCAAAUUACUCUUCCCUUCUCGUGUUAAAUAGCACUGACAUCCACAUUAGAGAUGGUAUUUGUUUUAGUAUGGUAGGAAACAUGCAGAAAAGUCUCAGUCAGUUCUUCCACGCAGUUUCUUGCACCUGUGGACCUGGAACGCUGUGGUUUUUUUUAAUGUAUGUUCUUAAUGGCUCGUGGUGCUAGUCAGCAUGGCAUACUGCUGCUGGCCAUGGGACCCAGCCAAGAAAGGUGACCUUGACCAACACUGUGUGUCAUGGAGAUGUCCCUCUGCAGAGAGCACAGGUUUGCGUUCUGCAAUCCUAGUGCCAGCUCUGCAUGUCAAGGUUCAUGGGUAUCAGUGAGUUCCGCUGUGCUCAACAUGUAUUUAUUUAUCAAUAUUUUGCUUACUGGAUAGAUAAUGAGAGAAAAAAAAAAAAAAAAAAAACCUAACGCAGGCAUUCACCAGAAAUAAAUUUCUCAGCACUUUACAGGUGACUAAAAAUGCUAAUUUUAUGACUUAGCCAAAUAUCUUCUAAGUUGCAUAUAUACCCCCAUGUGAAAAUAAUUUCUUCCAAAAUGUUUUUAAAC